UUGUAUUUUUUUUUAUUAUAAUGUUUUCUGGAAAAAAGGAAUUAAAUGUUUAAAUGUGAUUAAACCCCUGAAAGAGAAGCUUCUCUUGCUCAGGAAGGUGAAAGGUAAUCUGGAAUUAGGACAAACCCUUUCCACUUAAACCGAGCCGGGCCGCCACUGCACCGGGUUCUGCUCACCCAACUCAGACUUCUUCAGAGUAAUUUGGUAAAAUUACUCUGCCUCCGAGCCUCAGUGAACCCACCUGUAACGUGGAGAAGAUAGGGUAGACCAAUUUGCCUGGUUAUAAUUAAAAUUUCAAACUUGUUCCAGUCUUCCAACAAUUAUGAAAAACACCUAAGAGAGAGGCAGGGGCCGGGGCCCAGAGACAGAGGAAUACCUUUCCUCAGCUUGUCUACUAUCUCUGUGUCAUGGGUAAAUCAUACUCUUGGCAUUAAAUCCUUUUUUGGUUUCCCAUCACCCUCAGGACAGAAAUCUAAAUUGCUCAGUACAGCUCUGGCAGGGAGUUCUGGAGGCAGGGUGCAGAGUUGCUCCCAAUUCACAAAAGGGACAGACUUCCAUAUCCUGUAUCAGCCAGUCAUUGGAUGCUGGCUGCCUGUAACGGAGCCAAGAACUUGAGGAGGCAGUUUCCUUUGGUUAAAUGCCCAGUGGACAGAGGCCAGUGUGGCUGCAGUGGCGUGGCAGUUUCGGCAGCAGGGUGAGCUUCCUGAAGGAGUGGGUGAAAAACUAAUUCGUCUCCGUGUAGGAGUUCUUGUUCCUGCACCCCUUCUGUUCCAGUUGGCAGCCUCGGACUGUCUUUCUCCCAUAUAGAGGUACUCUGAGAUUUUUGUGGCAGAUUAGGGGGGUGUGUUGAUUCUAAGCAUUAAACAGCAUGUUUUGGUCACACAGACUAAUCUUACCUGAGCAAGAAACUCAGAGGAGGAGGAAAGAAGAAGGAAUGGAGUUUUCACAGAUCCCACCUCACGGUGACCCAGUGGCAUGGAACUGGGGAAGAGUCCCCUUUAGGGGGUCAUCCUUUGAAGGGAGGGCUUCCACUCCCGACGUCAUAUGUUACUGCAGACUCAGGGGACUGUUUACACUCAAGGAUGUAGCCAUCGAGUUCUCCCAGGAGGAGUGGGAGUGCCUGGUCCCUGCCCAGAGGGCCUUGUACAGGGACGUGAUGUUGGAGACCUGCAGGAACCUGCUGUCCCUGGGUGAGGAGAACUUCCCUCCGGAAGUCGGAAGCCAUUCUGCUGGAUUGGCAAUCAAGGAAUUAUUACCAAAAGAAGACAUUCAUAAAGGAGAAUUAUACCAUCUAGUGAUACUGGAAAGAAAGGAAAGCCAUGGCAUCGAGGAUUCUGACCUCAAAGAAAUCUCGGAAAAUAUGCACGAGUGUAAGCGCGUGUGGCGAUGUGAUGCAAGAAAUCACAAAGAAACGCCUCUGACCCUCAGCCGAACUCUCACUCACAGAGACGAUCAGGAUGACAAAUCCUUCAUCAGCUUUCCUCAGUGUGUUUCUGUAAAAAGUAAUACGUGUGAAUAUCUCACGCAUGAUAAGCCAUUCAAGAGAAACUUGUUAGAAAUGAAACACAGCAUAAGCAUGGCGGGAAGCACAUACAGGAACUGUCUGGAAAGCAGAACUGGAGUAAGUUUGCAGGCCCAGGCGGCUGCACUGCAGGGACUCCCGACUGAGGAGACAAUGUAUGAAUACAGUCAAGGUGAGAAGUCAAUCAACGGCGGUUCCUCAGUUUCACUUAAAAGAAAUCCUCGUAAUAUGAAAAACAUCUUGCUACCUGCACCAGACAGGAGAACACACACUAGAGAUAAAUCUCACAACUGCAGUGACUGUGGGAAGGCUUUUUGCAAAAGACCAAACCUUACAAAUCGCGAGAGACUUCAUUCUGCACAGAGGCCCUAUAGAUGUAAUGAGUGUGGUAACGCCUUCAACCAGUGUUCACACCUCACUACACACCAGAGCGUGCACCCAGAAGAGAAAUCAUACAAAUGUGAUGUAUGUGGCAAGGUCUUUAGUCGAAACUCACACCUUGCAAAUCAUCAGAGAAUGCACACUGGAGAGAAGCCUUACAAAUGUGACGAAUGUGGCAAAGCUUUUACCCAGUUUUCACACCUGACUAGACAUCAGAAAAUGCACGCUGGAGAGAAACCACACAAAUGUAACGAAUGUGGCAAGCACUUUACCCAACGUUCAAACCUCCUGGUACACCGCAGAAUUCACACGGGAGAAAAACCCUAUGCGUGUAAUAAAUGCGGUAAGGCUUUCACUGAGCGGUCGCAACUUUGGGGUCACGAGAGAACUCACACUGGAGAGAAACCUUACAAAUGUGAUGAGUGUGGCAAAGCCCUUACAAGACAUUCAUAUCUUACUCAACAUAAAACAAUCCAUACUGGAGAGAAACCUUACAAAUGUCGUGAGUGUGGCAAAGCUUACACCCAGUUUGCAAGCCUUACUAGGCACCUGAAAGCGCACACUGAGAGGGAACACAAGCCCCAUGUAUGUGGCAGUGCUUUUACUCAGAGCUCAAGGUAUAGGGCGCAUCAGAUAUUCCCUAGUAGAAACAAACCUUAAAAAGAAAAUGAUUCAGAAACAA